UAUGUUAUUAGUGACAUGGUAGAUGUGCGCUAGCUGGUUGCCUAAAUGUACUUACCUUGUGUUCUUUUCUAGACAAUUUAUGUGUUUCCACUUUCCAUUUGAUGACCAUUCAGAAAGUAUAAACCUAAUAGAGUAAAUAUGAUUUGUAAUUGGAAUAUGGAAGCAGCUGUGUAAUUCUACUGCAAAAAAACUGAAAAUGUAUUGUGCGUGGAGAGUACUGCAGCUGCAAAUAUAAGGUUGCAUUGAAUAGUUUCUGUGGAGAAGCAGAUUUACUUCCUAUUUCCUUGUCAAGCAGACUACAUGGCUGCUGACUUCAAUGUCGAAGCAGUUCAGCAAUGGGUUGUCUACAUAGACGAAGUUGAUAAAAUAACCAAAGAGGCUGAGAGCCUUAACAUUGGCAGAGAUGUAUUUGGGGAGGGCUUCCAACAGGCGCUGCUGAAGAUGCUUGAAGGAACUUUCCUGGCCUUCAAAUGUGUCCUCUUUCUAAGCAUUUUUCUGAGAUCAGUAAUCUCACUUGCUCAUUUUAUCUUUAUUUCUUCUUCCGAUUGUAAGUGUACCUGACAAUAGAGCAUGGAAGCAUCAUCCAUGUGGCGAUACUAUUCAGGUAUACUGAAUCUAUUAAAGCCUCUUUUAUCUACUUUUUC